AAACUUAUCGUUCUUCUUCUGAUUCUUCAAAUUCUUCAAUAAAACCUCAUUUUCAUCAUCGACAGCAGCAAUAUCAUCAAUCUGAAUCUGUAAAUAAUCCAAGUUCUCAUAAUUCUCACAGUUCUCAUAAUUCUCACAAUAUGCUCUCUCACCAUUUAGUGAGACGAUCUUCUUUUGAUGUGGUUCAAACUCGUUACAACCCAUAUCCUUCAACUUCUCAUCAAUAUACUCAUCAACGUUUAUUACCUUCUGUUGAUCAGAGGCGUCACUCGGAUUUAUCGAGUUUCACUUCUUCACGUGGUUUGGGUCAUGUUCAUGAUCAUUCCUACCUUAACCAUUCCCCUAAUACUCAUUAUUCACCUUAUGCUGAUAGACCUUCAUCUACUUCAGCUUAUUCUGUUCAUAGUCCUCCAUCCUUUGCUAAACGUAAGAGAGCUAAUGCCAAUCAACUUAAAGUUCUUAAUGAUGUAUUUGCCAGAACAUUUUUCCCUUCUACUGAAUUACGUAUUCAAUUGGGUAAAGAAUUGGGUAUGGCACCGAGAACCGUACAAAUUUGGUUUCAAAAUAAACGUCAAAGCUGGCGCAGUAAAACACGCGCCACUUCAAAUUCAUCAAUUAAAGAUGAAGAUGGUCAAGUUGAAAAUGAUAUGGUAAAAAAAUCAACAAAUUCUAGAAGAUCAAGUAAUUCGGGUUCUUCCUCUGACCUUGAUGAUGAUGAACAAGAACGACGAUCGAUACCAGAUUCACCACCUAUGGAGACUCAAUAUCAUUAUUAUCGUUCUAAUGGACAUAUGACGGGAUCUUCAAAUUCCGGUGCCGCGAGUAUCAGAUCCCCUUCACCUCCAUUACCACCACCUUCGUCAAUGGCUCCAUCGUUGCCGCCAAUUUGCCAACCCCAAGUAAAUAAUUCACCGGCAUACUCUCAACAGCCUUCAAUUGGUGGUACUGAGCGACUUCCUACAUUUGCGCAAUCAUUCGCGCAUCCAUUAUAUAAUCAUUCAACAAAUAAUAAUUAUGAAUCUUUUACGAGAUUACCUGCUCCCAUAUUAACCGCUCCUCGUCAUCAUGUGCCGCUAUCCACCUUCGAAUGA